UAGAAACGCGAAGACAGUGGGCGCUCCUGACCUUGCCGUCGUGAACGAGCUGCUCGCGCACAAACCGAGAGGGCUAAUAUAUUAAUUUUAAUCAAGAAGACAAAAUAGAACAUGUGAAUUGAAAGCAAAAUAUUUGCAUGCGAUUUAAAAAAUAAUAAUAAUGAAAUGUGAUCAUCAAUGCAGUGCCAUGAAAACGAAAUGAUAUGGAGAAGAGCAAACCGGGGAUGAAGAGUAGGAGCCUCCGUUAGAGCAGGUGGGUCGAAAAUUCCCUUUCCAUGAGAUGAAGCUCGGUUUCAGAACAGCAAUGAGAAUUGGAGCUGGAGAUGAGUGAAUACCUGGGCUUUGUUAAUUUGUUUUUAGUAACCAUUGGCGCCCAGGGCAGGUUGAGCGAUGCCUGGUUAAGUGGAAUACAGUAGGUCAUAGGGGUUGAGAGGACACUCGAGUGUACAUUGGCGUGGUGCAAGGGCACUCACUUGCCCAGACCAUGUGUUUGGCAGAGUUUACGCACCAUGUGUUGCCUGCACACCUAUCAAAUCGGCGAGGAACCGCAACCAUCGCCACCCGCCGUGGUCUUUUAAUGUGGAUGUUAUGUUCCUACUGGCCAUUUACAGUGGUGACCAGCCAGAACUUCAACCCGACUGUGAACACCCAGUUUGGGAAGCUGAGGGGCCUCCGGGUCGCGGUGCCAGGCGAGGUCCUUAAGCCCGUUGACCAGUAUCUUGGGGUGCCGUACGCUGCCCCUCCCAUCGGGGAGAAGCGCUUCAUGCCCCCAGAGCAGCCCUCUUCCUGGUCAGGGAUCAAGAAUGCUACCCACUUCAUGCCCGUGUGCCCUCAGAAUAUCCGCAACACAGUGCCUGAGAUCAUGAUGCCCAUAUGGUUUACCUAUAACCUGGACACAGUGGCCAACCUCAUUCAGGAUCAGAACGAGGACUGUUUGUAUUUAAACAUCUAUAUUCCAACAGAGGAUGUCAAAAGAAUAUCCAAGGAAUGUGCCAGAAAACCCAACAAGAAAGUAUGUAGAGAAGAAGGGGCCCACAGCAAGAGUCAAGGAGUGGAUUUCUCUCAUGGUGACAGUGAAGACAUUCGGAACACCGAGGCUAGGCCUGUGAUGGUCUACAUCCAUGGAGGAUCCUACAUGGAGGGGACAGGGAAUAUGAUCGAUGGGAGUGUGUUGGCCAGCUAUGGGAAUGUCAUCGUCAUCACUCUCAACUACAGGGUUGGAGUACUAGGGUUCCUCAGUACAGGUGACCAGGCAGCUAAAGGAAAUUAUGGACUCCUGGACCAGAUCCAAGCCCUGCGUUGGAUCAGCAAGAACAUUGGCUAUUUUGGAGGAGACCCUGGUCGCAUCACUGUCUUUGGAUCUGGGAUCGGAGCCUCCUGCGUCAGCCUGCUCACACUGUCCCACCACUCUGAGGGCCUGUUCCACAGAGCCAUCAUCCAGAGUGGCUCAGCCCUGUCCAGCUGGGCUGUCAACUAUCAGCCUGUCAAGUACACCCGCAUGCUGGCCGAGAGGGUGGGCUGCAACGUGCUGGACACCCUGGACAUGGUGUCCUGCCUGCAGAAGAAGAGUGCCAGAGAGCUGGUGGAGCAGGACAUCCAGCCAGCCCGCUACCACGUAGCCUUCGGCCCCGUCAUCGAUGGUGACGUCAUCCCUGAUGAUCCCGAGAUCCUGAUGGAGCAGGGCGAGUUCCUCAACUAUGACAUCAUGCUGGGCGUCAACCAGGGGGAAGGGCUGCGCUUUGUGGAGACUGUUGUGGACGUGGAGGACGGCGUAUCUGGCAGCGACUUUGACUUUGCUGUGUCGGACUUUGUGGACAGCCUGUAUGGCUACCCGGAGGGGAAGGACACUCUGAGGGAGACCAUCAAGUUCAUGUACACGGACUGGGCUGACAGGGACAACCCGGAGACCAGGAGGAAGACAUUAGUUGCCCUGUUCACUGACCACCAGUGGGUGGAGCCCUCAGUGGUGACGGCUGACCUGCACGCCCGCUACGGCUCGCCCACAUACUUCUAUGCCUUCUACCACCACUGCCAGAGCCUGAUGAAGCCUGUGUGGUCGGACUCGGCCCACGGGGACGAGGUGCCCUAUGUGUUUGGCAUCCCCAUGGUGGGAGCCACUGACCUGUUCCCGUGCAACUUCUCCAGGAAUGACAUCAUGCUCAGCGCUGUGGUCAUGACCUACUGGACAAACUUCGCUAAGAGUGGGGAUCCCAACAAGCCAGUUCCCCAGGACACCAAGUUCAUCCACACUAAGGCCAACCGCUUUGAGGAGGUGGCCUGGUCCAAGUACAACCCCCAUGACCAGCUGUACCUUCAUAUCGGCCUGAAGCCUCGCAUCCGCGACCACUACCGCGCCACCAAGGUAGCUUUCUGGAAGCACCUUGUACCCCACCUGUAUAACCUCCAUGACAUGUUCCAAUACACCUCCACCACCACCAAGGUCCCUCCGCAGGACACCACCAACUCGAACGGUAAGAGGACUGGCACCACCAAGCGUCCGCCUGUCUCCACGGCCCACAGCAGUAACGGGGAUGGGGAGGAAACGGGUCCUCUGAUUGUGGCUAAUCCGAGAGAUUACUCCACUGAGCUGAGUGUCACCAUCGCUGUGGGCGCCUCACUGCUGUUCCUCAAUGUGCUGGCCUUUGCCGCGCUCUAUUACCGUAAGGACAAGCGCAGCCGGCAGGAUGGCCACGGCAGCCCCCAUCAAGCCAGUCCCCAGCGACAGAGCAACGGCAACGAAGUGAGCCACACCACCACCACCAUCGACGAGAGCCUGUCCCAUCAGAUGACCCAGAGCAGCCAGAUGAACCAGUGUGACACCCUGCAUGACCUCCAUGAUCUCCACGACCUCCAUGACCUUCACGACCUUCACGACCCCCUGCACCUCUCCACCAACAUGGACUACACCAUGACCCUGCGCCGCUCACCAGACGACAUCCCCUUGAUGACACCCAACAAUAUCACCAUGAUCCCCAACUCCUUGAUGGGCCUUCCCAAUAUGCACCCCUACAGCACCUUCCCAGCCGGGUACAACACAGGCCUGCCCCACUCCCACUCCACCACCCGGGUAUAGACCCAGCCUGGGACAGAUGACAUAAAGACCACAGGGGACAGAGAUUGUAGAGGUGAGUUGAGGUGCGUGCUGUGCUGUACAGUAGUUUAGGAAUGAAUACAAAACAGUAGUUGGGAUGGGAUGCGUGGGUAAGAUAAGUUUGAAUUUAUGUUCAUACUGCAAGAGCCAUGCAAAGCUUUUUCUGCUCAAAGGGUGCAGAAUCGCCGCCAAUAUACUACUGCCUCCUCUUUCUCACAGAAUGAGGUCUAUAAGCAGUGUCAUUUUCUUAUAAUCAUUUUCAAAAGCCUUUGUGAGCUGGUUAAAACGUGGGGAAAAAAGCUUUUUAUUUCCCAUUCUUGUCUUUUGAGGGUAACAUUUAUUUGUUUCUUUCUUGUACGACCUCAGUAUAAUGUUUGUUCAGUUGGAUUUGUACGGGAAGCUCUUUUCUUACUAUGAUAUCUGUUUUGAUCUUCAACAAUUCUUUGUGGAACAAUUAACAUCUGGACUCAUCCCUGACUGAAGGACAUUUGUAAAAAGCAGAAAAUCUGUGUUAUGAAGCUAUUUUAUACAUAUUCCUCAUGUUACUCACAACUUAAAAGGGUAUUUUUUACUUACUGACUAAAGAAUGGCUUGUUACUGUAACAUUCUCUACUUAGAGAAAUACUGUUACGGCGACUGUGAUGAAUUGAACCUUUACUACAACAUUGAUUACAAUUUGUAGUAAAAGUAUCACAUUUAUCCAAACAAUAUUUCUAUUUGAAUAUGCACAACGUGUGUGCGUUCGUGUGUGUGUGACUGCGUGUGUGUGUGCGUGUGUUUGUGUCUGUUUGCGUGCGCGUAUGUUUGUGAGCGUGCGUGUGCCUGCGCACAUGCGAAGUGUAAUGUAAAAGUGUAAAUUGGUAAGACAUUUGUUUGUCAUUUGUUUGAAGUAUUGGCUUUCAUCAUGUCAGUGUUGUACUCCGAUCUAUGGUCGUCUGUUUAAGUACCUUUGUUAUUUUUCAGUUAACUGUGUCUUCUUUUGCUAAACACGUUCUGCGAAUGCGACUUCUGCUUUGUUAUAAACAGAGAAUAGCUUAAGAUGGCACCUACUCUAAUCAACUGAUAUGAUUCCUUUGGCUUGGCUUGUUUGUACAGAAUAAACUUAGACCAGCAGGUUUUUUUAUUGUUAUUUGUUUAUAUGAAUAUAAAGGUAUUCAGUAAGAUAAUUAAGUAUAUCACAAUUGUAUGUAUAAACUACCUGAAUCAAUCCGAUUUGAAAGAGUUUUGCUUAAAAUAUUGCAGAUUGAGCAAGCUGAGAUUCACCCAUAGGCUUCAUCCCAUUUACACAAAACCCAGAUUUUGCAGCAUAACACGUUUUGAAGCAUUACUAUGAAAGGCUUUUUUGAAUUCAAUGUGAACACUUCACAGUAUUAUUCUGGGAGAAUGCACAUCGCUCUGAGAAUUAUUGUCAUCUUGCUUUCUUUGAUACGAUCAUAGAACACAGUUGACUAAUACUACUGUUCAAUAUCAAUGGGCUGAUUAAAGAUUUUUUGGAACUGA